UAGGAAAUGGAUAAUCAGGAUAAUAGAGUGGUUCAGACAAAUUUGACACCGAAUAUACCUGUUAAUUUUGGCAACCCAGAUGGGCUAAGUGAAGAGGAAAUCCAAGCUAUGAUGCAGGAGUUUAACCUUGGUGAUCAAUCCAGAGAGACUUCUGAGCUUGCUCUAGCUGGAGCUUCAGAGGAAAAUACUGAGGAAUAUAAGUUCCAAACGGAGAACGAAUUCUUUAAUGAAACAAAUCUGACAAAGAAGGCACAGCAGUUUAAUUCAGAAAUGAAAAUCAACAAAGCUAUCCUUGCAGCUGAAGCUGAUCUAGCCUCUAAUGAGGACAACAAAGAGCAAUGGGUAUUACUUGGCACUCUCAAACAAGAAGGAGAUCAGGAUAUUGAGGCUAUAUAUUGCCUCAAGAAAGCCAUUGCUCUGUAUGGUUCAGAUUCUUCCCCUGAAAAAAACUCAGCACUAGUAAAGCUAGCAGUAUCUUAUAUCAACGAAUGAAAAUUGGAAAGAUGCUUAUCGACAAUCAAGCAAUGGACUAUCCAGAAUGAAAAAUACCCUGAAGUGAAAGCAACAUUAGAAAUUGAGGAUCUAACAGAAGAAGCAAAAGAGUUAGAAAAAGUUAUCAAAGCUAUCGAGAAAAUAACUCCUGAAGAUACUCAACUGUUGACUUUGCUUGGAGUCAUAGCUUUCACAUACCCCGACUUCGAUGCUGCAGCUGAGAGCUUCAAAAAUGCAGUAAAGGCAGAUCCAAAAGAUUACAGCCUGUGGAAUAAGCUUGGUGCUGCCUUUAACAAUUCACUUAAAUCAGAUAAAGCUAUUAUAUGCUAUGAGACAGCCAUGAAGCUUAGACCCAAUCUUCCAAGAGGCUGGAACAAUCUUGGAGUAGCAUAUAAUCAAAAAGAAGAUUACCAUAAUGCUCUCAGAUGUUUCUUUAACUGUCUAUCUCUAAACCCCUCUGCUGUGACCACUUGGUCAUAUAUCCAAGGGGUCUAUAUUUCGAAAGGAGAGUUUGAUAAAAACGAUAAAAUUGCAGCACGUGAUUUGGACUACUUCAAAACUCUGUUCAACAUAAUUGACCCAAAUGAGUUGCCAUUGCCAAAAACUGAAAAUUUAGAUGAAAGUCUCCAGAAAGUACUUGAAGAAUAAUUUUGCAAAAAUACGCAAUUCUUCAAC